AUGAAGUCACAAAAUUGUAAAUUUGAAGUAUUUUUCAAAAAUGACAAAGGUUUUGGAUUAAGACUUUUAGAGCCUUUAAAGAAAGGUCGAUUCAUAACAGAGUUUCCAGAAGCAUCAUCAAGUUAUGAAGAUUUGAGUGAUAUUACAGAUCAAUGGUUAACACAAGGUUUGUGGAAUGUUGUUCAGGACAAAACAACCAUCCAGGAUACAAAACAACUGGGCGGUAUAAUGUCCAAGUAUAUUAGUCAUUCAAAUGAGGCAAAUUGUGUUGUUCAGAAAUGGCAGGUGGGAGAAUUAAUAAUGACUGGACUAUACGCAAAAAGAGACAUUGAACAGAAUGAGGAACUUUUCUUGGAUUACACAGUUCCUUAUACCGGGCAUGGAAUCAUUGAUCCUAAGCCUGAUCCAUUAAUUGCAACUGAUAAGAACUUUUCCGACAAUCUCGGAAAACCAAUUGAAAAUGCUGAUGAUGUAAUUAAUUUCAGAAUAGAUUUGUUUCGUUGCACACACCGGUUUGAUAUGGCACCACAAGUAUUGGGUAGAUUAUCGAUUACCAAUGAUAUAAUUAUUCUCGGAUUUUUUAUUGAAGCACUAGGACUUGAUGUGUUGAGAGAUUUGUUGAAAGGAGAUCCUCCUAAUCUUGUCACUAUUAAAAAGGUAUCUUCUUUGGUUCUUCUUGAUAAUGGUGCUUAUAGCAUCAAAGUUGGUUAUGCUAUUGAUAAUGAAGAGCCAAGUAUAAUUCCUAAUUGUAAAGUAACAAGAGGAAAAGGUGAAAGAAAAACGUAUAUAGGAGAUCAGAUCAAUAGUUGUUUAGAUUAUUCUGGUUUAUAUUAUCGAUUACCUUUCGAAAGGGGGUAUCUUGUUGAUUGGGAAACUGAAAGAGAAUGUAAUACACCAACUACCAACCUUAUCAUUACAGAACCAUGUUUUAAUCUACCAAAUAUCCAAACAACCUAUGAUGAAAUGAUAUUUGAAGUAUAUGAAUUUAAAUCUUGUUUUAGGACAAUUGUCAAAGAAACUUGUUGUUAUGUUUCUAAAGAUUUUUUAGGAGAUCUUGAAAUUUGUCGAAAAAGCACAAGAAAUAACUCAAUUGUGCAAGAAUAUGUUUUACCUGAUUAUUCUAAAAAUCCAAAGGGAUAUGUUAGGGAAAGAAAAGCCAGUGGAAGAAGAAAUAAUUAUUCAGAUGAACAAGUCUUAUACAUGAACAAUGAAAGAUUUACUGUGCCAGAGAUAUUGUUUAAUCCUUCUGAUAUUGGUAUGGAUCAAGCAGGUAUACCAGAAGCAAUUGUAGCAUCAAUUAAUUCAAUUAGCCCUGAUACACAAGGGCUAUUCUAUGAAAAUGUUUUAUUGGUUGGUGGUAAUAGUUUAUUUUCUGGAUAUAAGGAAAGAAUCGAAAAAGAUUUACGUGUACUUGCACCAUCAGAUUAUGAAAUUAAAAUCGGAAUUCCUGAUAAUCCAAUCACAUAUGCAUGGCAUGGUGGCUCUAAAUUUGCCAAAACUAACGAAUUUAAAGAUAUGUCAGUCACAAAAUCUGAAUAUGAUGAACAUGGAAGUAAUAUUUGUUUGAAAAAAUUUGAUGGACGUCGAAAAACAAGGCUAGGCGAAGCUAAACCAUAUGAUACUUUAACUAAUAAAGAAGUUAAAUUAAUAUUGGAUCACAAUUUUUGCUCUCCAAAUAAUCUAACUGGUUUACUUUAUCUAUCAGAUCAAGGUGGUAUCGAAAGAAGACAGACAUCUCGUGUUAUUUUUAAAGAAUUAUUAAUUGAAGUUGAAUCGCCAAGAAUUGAUCUUGAUGGUUCUAAAGCAUGGAUCAAAGCUUAUCUAAAAGAUAAUUUUGUUGGUGGGUGUGAUAUUGUGCCAGUUAGGUGGAUUCGCGUGAUAAAUGAAUACUGCGUCAUAUUUCCAUUUCUGAAAAAAAAUAUAUCAAAAUAA